AUGGCUGCCCAUUUCUACCCCUGGGUGCAGAUCCCACGUAUAUCGGGCUCCGAACGAUUACUCUUCCCUAUGUUAGAGUACGAAUAUGAAAGGGAAAUUAGGACCCGUUAUUACAGGGGCGGCAGUAACAACUGGAACGACACGGAGGCGCUUCUUCAUGCCGAAGUGGUGAAGGCCGAGAUAACGCUCAGUGCCUACCGAAAGUCGUUCCGGAAUCCUGAUAUACAAAAGCAGGAUACUAGCGAGGUUAUAAAAUCGCACCUUGAUCGCAUCGCAAGGGGAGGGAGAGCAUUCCGAGAGCUGCACGGCGACAAGAUCCAGUUGAAAGGGGGCUCCUCAAUUGCUACUAGGAGGUUCUUGGACCUGGAAUGGGUUAUCAAUGGAGAGCGGUAUCCGUCCCUGAACAAAUUGCUCGAUCAAGCUGCCAGGGAUAUCCGCAGGGCUCGGUCCAGUCCAGUGGUCUUGGGGUUAGGAGACACAAGUGCAAUCCAUACCAUGGUAUCGCCGAAAACUGUACAAGGAGGUCAUAAAGUUAUCUUUGAUAACUAUGACGCCGCCAAGUACUAUCCGGUGAUGCUUGAUAUAGCGAGAGCCUUCUACUUCGAUGUGUUCUUUGAGAUGGCGCGUAUCGCCGAUUUACCAUCUCACGCAAGGCCGCGGAUGAAGUACUCUGUUACCCAGACCAUCCAAGUCAGCUACGCCCGGAAUUGGAGCUGGCUAGCACGGACAAUAGCAGAUAUCAAAAUAAGAUAUCUGCUUCACCCUCUCCAAGAAGAGAUGAAAGCUGCCAAGCAAUCCUUUGAUGAUCUCAUCCCUCAGCUAUCCGCCAGUAUAUUCCUGGUUCCGACGCUAUACCAGGCGUUUCGGUGGAACACAGAUUCCAUCAUCGCGAACCUUAUGAUAGGGAUCGUUAUGUCGCGAUGUAGAAACUGGGCGGAUUUCGACAUGGCGAUCGGCAAACUGGGGCUUGGGGUAUAA